GUCACGAUACCGCGAUAUGUCCUGGGCUCCUAACGAAACAUCUGUUGAGCUAUGGCUUGACAGGACAAACCUCGUCGGCGUUGAAAUAGGCAAUAUCGGUUACGGUGUUCACAUAACCUUGUUCUUCCAGUGUUUCAUCGCAUGGUGGGGUGCCCGUCGUCACUCGCCCAAAAGCGCAUACAGCAUGCUCGCUUUCAUCUCUUGUAUCUUUAUCCUUGGCUCCAUAGGUAACGGCACACAGAUGCGUAUUUUGGAGCUUGCGUAUGUCGACGACCGCAAUUAUCCCGGAGGACCAGGUGCAUUCGAGACCUUCGAUGGUUCUCUGAAAAUCAAUGUCAUAGGCACCGCCGCUUAUGCCGUUAAUGCAUGGUUUGCGGAUGGAUUACUGCUGUAUCGCUUCUAUAUUCUGUGGUCUGGUUCUAGACACAGAUGGGCCAUGAUCCCGCCGCUGCUCGCGUUUCUUUUGUCUAUAAUCUCAUCAUCCAUCCUUCUCGCACAAAUCUCCGACCCCGGCGGCGCCAUCUGGAUAAGCUCCAGCGCAAACAUGGCCCUCACGUUCUGGUCCUCGUCCAUCUCUGUCACGUGCUAUUGCACACUCGGGAUUGUCACUAAGCUGCUCCAUAUGCGGUACCAAGUCCGCAAAGCCUUCGGUCCCGGCGAGCAGUCGCCAUACUUCUCCGUUGCGGCCAUGCUCAUUGAGUCUGCCCUGCUCUACACGUUGUUCACGCUUGCAUUCCUCGUCACGUAUGCGAGGCCAGGAACUUACAACGCGAGUCCUAUGCUGCUGGCGAUCCAGGGCCAGGUGCAGUCCAUUGCAUCACUGCUCAUCGUCCUACGCGUUGCACAAGGACGCGGCUGGACAGCCGCAAAGGUCAGGGAGACAGAACGAGUGGCUGGGGAAACACAUGGCGCACAGACCAUCAGAUUCCUCCAUUUCACCCACAGCACUGCCAACGGAUCUGCUGCUGUUACCGGCUCUGCCGCAGUCUCCGGCGAGACGGAAGCAGCUUCCCUGGCCAAGACGGCUCCAGGAGCUCAACUGGAAUGUGUUGCUGAUAUGAUCGCUGAGCACAGCUCGAAUGAAAAGCUUACAGAAAAUGUCUAAUGUUGUGGUAGCCUGACUCGGAGGUGGAAUGUUCUGAUCAUCGAUUUACGUAGAUUCAGCCGUGAGGCUUGUGCUCCUCCAUGUUGCUCCUCGCUCUCAAUAUUUGUACACAGUGUGUUCAAGUUUUUCGUACACCCCCA